AUGUUUUUAAUAACUUGUCGCAGCUUUUAUGUGGAGUUGGCUAAACAAAUCCUACAGAGGUUUGACUUUAAGGACAGUCUUUUUAAUUUUAUUGACUUGGUAAAUCCUUCUGUUGCUCAAAGUUUCACUUUCAAAUCUUUGAAGCCUAUCUUUGUAAGAUUUCCAGUAUUGUACGCUUAUUACAACAUGCAAUAUGCAGUUGACGAUGAAUGGCGAGAAUAUGCUCUACUUGAUCAUGAAAGCUACGACUUGCAUCCUUCAGAUGAUGCUGAGGAGUAUUGGCUUAAAGUAUUCCACUUAAAAAAUGCCCUCGGUCAAAGUUUGUUUCCAAAUUUCUAA